AGGCCCCGCCCCGCUCCCGUGCGCUGAACGCCCAUAUCCGGGUUCCCGCCGCCUCCACCGCCACCGCCUCAGCCGCCUCGCACAUUUAGUCUUGCCGGGAGUGGUGUGAUUCCCGACCAAGAUGGCGGCCGUCGGGCGAGUCGGCUCCUUCGGUUCUUCUCCGCCGGGAUUAUCCUCGACUUACACUGGCGGCCCCUUGGGCAACGAGAUAGCGUCGGGCAACGGUGGCGCCGCGGCAGGCGACGACGAGGACGGGCAGAACCUCUGGUCCUGCAUCCUCAGCGAGGUCUCCACCCGCUCGCGCUCCAAGCUCCCUGCGGGGAAGAACGUGCUACUGCUGGGUGAAGAUGGAGCUGGAAAAACAAGCUUAAUAAGAAAAAUUCAGGGAAUAGAGGAGUAUAAGAAAGGAAGAGGAUUGGAAUAUUUGUACUUAAAUGUGCAUGAUGAAGACAGGGAUGAUCAAACAAGAUGUAAUGUUUGGAUCUUAGAUGGAGACCUAUAUCACAAAGGCCUCCUUAAAUUUUCACUGGAUGCCGUAUCUCUGAAGGAUACUCUAGUUAUGCUGGUUGUUGACAUGUCAAAGCCUUGGACUGCUUUGGAUUCUUUACAGAAAUGGGCAAGUGUUGUUAGAGAACAUGUUGACAAACUGAAAAUCCCUCCUGAAGAAAUGAAACAAAUGGAACAAAAGUUGAUUAGAGACUUCCAAGAAUAUGUAGAGCCAGGAGAAGACUUCCCGGCUUCUCCCCAGAGAAGAAAUACUGCGUCACAAGAAGACAAAGAUGACAGUGUAGUUUUACCUCUGGGUGCGGAUACACUUACACAUAACUUGGGCAUUCCAGUACUAGUAGUUUGCACAAAGUGUGAUGCCAUUAGUGUAUUGGAGAAAGAACAUGACUACAGAGAUGAACAUUUUGAUUUUAUUCAGUCACAUAUUCGGAAGUUUUGUUUACAGUAUGGUGCAGCACUUAUUUACACUUCAGUAAAAGAAAACAAAAAUAUAGACUUAGUAUAUAAAUACAUCGUUCAGAAACUAUAUGGAUUUCCCUAUAAGAUUCCUGCUGUUGUUGUGGAAAAGGAUGCAGUAUUUAUUCCAGCAGGGUGGGAUAAUGAUAAGAAAAUAGGAAUAUUACAUGAAAAUUUUCAAACAUUAAAAGCAGAAGAUAAUUUUGAAGACAUCAUAACUAAACCACCUGUUCGAAAGUCCCUUUUAGCAAAGCAACCACCAACUGCAGCUGGAAGGCCUGUGGAUGCCUCACCAAGAGUCCCAGGAGGCUCCCCACGAACACCAAAUAGAUCUGUAUCAUCUAAUGUUGCCAGCGUGUCACCCAUUCCUGCUGGGUCAAAAAAAAUUGAUCCAAACAUGAAAGCUGGAGCUACAAGUGAAGGUGUUCUGGCAAAUUUCUUCAACAGUUUGUUGAGUAAAAAGACUGGCUCUCCAGGAGGCCCUGGUGUGAGUGGUGGUAGCCCUGCAGGUGGGGCUGGAGGUGGAAGCAGUGGUUUACCACCAUCCACCAAAAAGUCAGGCCAGAAGCCUGUCUUAGAUGUUCAUGCGGAACUAGACAGAAUUACACGAAAACCAGUUACAGUUUCUCCCACAACACCUACAUCUCCUACGGAAGGAGAAGCUUCUUGAAGAUACCAAAUAAAGCCAUUUAUUCUGUUUUCUGGGAUAAUGUAAACAUGCCUCUGCCUUUUCCUUCAAAAGUGGAAUUAGAAAGCUGGAGUGCUUCUUCAGAUGGACUAAAUUUAUGUCAUGUGUGUGUGUGUGUGUGUGUGUGGUUACCCAUUUUUUAGAAGGAGCCGUACAGAAGAAAAAUUAUUCUACAUUAUGUAGGAUUGCUGUUUGCAUUGCCAUUUUGCAUAAGAAAGUAAUUUUUGAUUUUGAAAAUCUCAAAACUUUUAGAUCUGAAAUACAACCAUGUGAUCGAUCAUAUUCUAAAGGCUAUUUAAAACAUGUAAAAGGAUUUGGGGAAGGGCAGAAAACAUGCAGUUUGGGCAUUUGACUGACUUGGAAGUCUAAGCUUAUUUUAGUUAUAACUAUUAAAAUCAUUUUUAAAGAUUUGUUUUGCUGACAGAGAAAAAUCGUCAGUUGUCAGAUUUUGCACACCACAAUAAAUGUACCACCACACACGGAAUAUGCUAAGAAAACUAUCAGAUAGCGUUUGAUACACUAGUCAUUGUCUCAAUCACUGAUCCUGUAAGUUGUCAUCAAAAUAUGAUUUAGAAAUAUUGGCCAAGGUGUUUCUUUAACUGAGGAGAAAAGAAAGCACACUGCCUAAAUGUGUAAAAGAAAAAUGCAGAGGUUAUUAAAAUGUAAAGAAGUAACAUUCUUUGGAUUUGUCUAUACAUAUAUAUAUAUAUAUAUGGCUUUGCCUUAAUAUACCCCCUUUUUUGUUUGUGACUUUCAACUGUAAUCAGUUAAUAAAGUAUUUAUUCUCUGCAUUCAGGUUCAAA